UCUAACAGCAAUUUACGCCUCUAUGGCUAAAAAUCGUCACCAGGAGAAAGAACUUCAGGAAAGCGAAGUUACAGGUGAUAUUCACGUAGAAUUAGCAAAACUAGAACAAGAGAUGAGAGAGUUGGAGACUCGCCGGCAAACGAUUGAGAUAUCUCAUCCGGUCAGACUAUUCAUUGGUCUUGUGUCAUUCAAAAAUCGCCAUCAUUUGGCAGAAUUUCAACAUUACUUGGAGGUGUGGAAAGGCCGAUAUAUCGAUCCUCUCUUUAAGGAGAGACGAGAGCUUAGUCAGCAAAUGGAACCAUUGGAAUCAAUCAGAUCCACAGGUCAACAGAACAGUAAAGAAGGAACUCAACACAAAAAAGAUGAUAUCAAACGCAAGCUAAAGGAAGUUUCGUUUUGCAUUGAUCAGUUUGAUAUAUCGAUAGACUCCUUCUGGAACGAAUUGAUGGAACUUUGUGCUUUGCUAGAAGAUGAUAAGAUAGUGAAUGAUCAUUUGAAGAAACUCCAUCUAGACCCCCGGGUAAUUAAGCAAGUUUACACGCAAUGUGUAUUGGAAGGUUAUCCUAUGCAAUUACUUCGAGGAAAUCAAUUACAGAUGACUGCAAGCAAGUUUAUACGAGAUAUAAUGAGACAACUAGGAGUCGAGUUGAAGAACAGAAACAAUUUGGUUGUCGUAUCAGUUAUAGGCGCGCAGAGUUCUGCCAAAUCUACAUUGCUCAAUUACUUGUUUGGUUGUGGGUUUGCUACAAGGGCGGGAAGAUGCACGAAAGGUUUGUAUGCUUCAUUCGUACGCAUAUCGGACGGAAGAUAUCUUUUAGUUCUUGAUUCGGAAGGGCUUUUGUCUUUGGAAGGAGGUGGUCACGUGUUUGACGGUCAAAUUACGGUGAUGGCUAUGGCUUGUUCACAUGCCGUUAUGGUGAAUCAUAAGGGAGAAAUUUCUUCUCAUAUUAAAGAACUAUUAGAAGUUUGUUUGCACGCAAUGGAUUACCUGAACGUGACCGAUAUCCGAACAGAAAUGAUGUUCGUUUUGCGAGACCAAAUAGAUCGUACCACUAAAGCACAAAGCGAAUCGCUAACAAAGAUGAGGGAGAUGCUUAGAGAAGCGAUGGGAAAUGCACAGAAAAGCCUUGAUGAUCUCGUGUCUUUGAGACAAGACGCUAUAUUUCUUCUUCCGAGUGCAUUUUCUGAAGGAAAACGGGAAGGACGGCCUGUGGAACCCUCUGUCGUCUUUUCCCAAGAGGCGUUUGCAAUGCGCAAGAAGAUACUGCCGUCCACGCUUGGCGAUCGUUCAACAACACAGCCGCUUGACAGCAGUGACCCUCUAAUAGAUUGGUAUAGACACGCUUGUAUAGUGUGGGAUACACUUACUAAGUACGGUUACACAUUGUUACAUUACAAAACUCUUAAUGAAUUGCGUCUUCACAAAGAGAUAAAUGAAAUGGUGACAUCUCUUGUCAAACAAGCUGAAAUCAAGUUCCAUAAGCAGGGGAGAGCUGUUCUUGAGAAUUACACAGAACGAUUGCACACGGCCAGGGACGGAAAAGCAGUUGAAAUGUGUGACUCACAAUGUCUUUUUGAGCUAGGUAGUUUGAAAGAAUUAAUGGAAAAUGAGUUAAAACACGACUUUGAAAACUGCACUCAAGCCAAGAAAUACAAUGAAGACUUAAAGGAAAAAUUUCGUUGCAAGUUAACAACUCCAAUUUCAUCUGUAUAUAAAUUUCACAAAUACUCGUGGCUGAAACAGCUACAGUUGGCUAACGACAGGUUGCACACAGUGGCGUUUGACCAACGAUUUUAUGAACAUCUUGAAGAAAAGUUGAAGCGUACUGAAUAUCAAUCUAGUUUGUCUGCGUCCGAUGCAAAAAAGUUUUUUGAUGAAUCGUGGAUCCAAUAUAAGGCGAACUACACAAAGCAUCUUGAAGAAAUUAGAAAGCAGAAGGGGGACAUCGAACAAGAAAUUGCAACAACUUUCAGAAGCGUUUUGACUAGACAUCGCCAUGAUAAUGAAAUACUGACGGUCGUGGCUACGAGUUCCUGUUCUGUUGAAUCGUUGAAAUCAACACACUUUAGCGACAGUAGCGACGACGAGUGGUUUGAUAAAUAUCUCGAAAUAACGUCUGGUGUGGUUGAUACAGCUGCAGAGAAAGUAUACACAACAGAAAUCGGCGACAGUCCCCGUGACAGCAUGCUUGGUAAGUAUCUCAUAAUACCAGCUCAGAAACUAUGGCACCGAUUAAGAAACAAAUCGGUCGAAGUUCCUCCAAAAUCGCAUAAUCAUUCUAUUAGUCGAGAAGACAUCACGACUACCGUGGUGUCUCAGAUGAAAGAAGAAGUGAAGCAUCUGCAAAAUAGGGUUGAAAGAAAGAUCGAAUCAGCUGAAAAUGGACAAUGCGACUCAGAUAUUGUUACAAAUAUCGUCUUUCUGGCUAGCGAUUUUGUUACGGAGAUGCAACCUUUUUUGAGGUCGUUUAGAUGUAGCGAGAGACUGAAACUGCAACGAGCUCCAUUUACUAACGAUCUUAUAGUUUACUUGCAACAAGUAGCGUGUAGGGCAGUCUGCUCUGCUGAGGAGAAACGAAUGUCUGAAGAGAAAAGGAAGCUCGAAAAGAAGAGGAUAAGGAAACGACAAUGGUUUCUUACUAUCGUCAGUAAGGAAGCUAGCGAUUUAGAACGCGCAACAACGUUUGCUGACGUGUACAGCGAACAACUCAACGUCUGGGUAGACAGCAAAGUGCAAGAAUUCGCGUCAUAUGUACGUGACCAAGUUCAGCAAGAAAUGAAGGAUCCCAUGGAGGCAGCAGAACGUGCGUAUCAUAGCUCUUUUAUUCUAGAGAACUAUGAAGAGGUUUUGGAGUAUUGCAUCGAUGUAAACGCAUAUCUGAAAAAACUAUUCAUGGAAACGUUUGAAAGCUGUAAACAGAAAACAAUAGCCAACAGAAUGGGCACACUUGAAAACAGUGUUACACAAAUGUACCGCGUGAUAAUGGACGUCGCAAAACGUUGGUGGGAAGUGCCUCAACCUUCUUGUCAUAUUCAUGACUUUAAGGCUUAUCUGGCAAAGUGUGCUGACGACUCAUCUGAGAGUGCUAGUUUUCGAAACUUGCUACUGGCUGCAUUGGAAAGAUUUCCACAAAUGACUGACUUUCCUAUUACAAAAGUUGAAAUUUUUUGUAAACGGUUUGAGGGUCGUAUGGGUGAGCUGCUAACCAAAAUACAAUCUAAUUAUUUGCAAGAAACCUUGCAAUCUAGCAUGAUCGACGAGCGGGAAGAAGUUUGGAAAGAAAUAAAAGGAUGUCAAGCCAAGUGUCCACUUUGUGGUUCAAAAUGUUCACUCGUGUACGAGCACAAAGAUCAUAAAUGUACUCAUCAUAUUUUCCCCGCUUUUCAUGGAACGCGGGUACGCGAUUUGGAUCACCCAGUGUUCGACAGGUGUCUUAGCACAGACGCUGCAAACAAAAUGUGGGGUAGAGGCGACGAUCCCUUUUUGCCAAACCUUGCAGCGUUUCUUGAUCAUUACGAGGAUUGUCGACCAUGGAAGAAGUCAAUUGUUCCUGACCCAACAUUGCCACCUCUAUCAGUAAAACAGAUUGGAGCUUGGGUUACUUGUAGAAAACCUCUUUUGAAAUAUUGGAAUUUGGUGGACAAAACUCCAGACGAAUGGUUGAUUCACCAAAGCAAGAAACCGUUAGAAGAAGAUGACUGUGAUAAGGCAACAGCAAGACUGGAAAAGUACCGAGACAUUUAGGUGGCAAAGUAUUAGAAACAUAUAGGACAUUCACAUGAUUGCGUAUCUGCAGGUAUAGUAUGCAGUACUUUUGGAGCUAUCGAUAUCGAUGUUUGCAUUUUAGCGAUAGUUUAGUGAUGCUCUCUUGUCUCUUUCUAGUCAGCACUAGUGUUGCUGUUAUUUUAUAUGAUAUUACUCAAACCCGGUAUUAUGACUGUGACUUUACGCCUAGGGUAGUGCAAACGCAAUGCAAAUUGUGAUAGCUGACUAUCAUUAUGAACUAUGAUUAUUUGCUAAUUUGGAAAAUAAAUUUAUUCAGCUGAUU